AUGGCGAAUCGAACUUCUUCCAAGAGAAAAUCGAAAACGAAAGUGGGAUCAUCAUCUAAAGCAAAGGAUGCAAAAACUAAAAAGAAAAGGGGUAGAAAGGUUGCCCCUCCCAUUUUACGACCAACACUACCCAUGAAUAUGAAAUAUGUGAUUAAACAUAUUCCAAAGCAACCUUUAAAGUUUGGUCCUACUUACAAUUCUAAUUUUAAAGAAAAUUUAGAAUUGUCAAUAAAGGACGAAGGUAUGAACAUGUUUAAGGAUACCAUAUUUGGCCAGUACCUUAAUAUCCCCAAGUGCCACUACCAAGGACAAAUUACCAAAUGUUUAUAUCUUCUAGAGGUUGAGCAUGAUAAUUUGGACAAAGAAAUCCAUAUUCGACAUGCUAAAGGAAAUGUAUUGCAAUUUUCUAUUAGAGAAUUUGCAAUUAUUACUGGUCUCAAGUGUACCGGAAAUGUUAAAGAUUUUACAUAUCCUAUUUCAAAAAUCAGUAGGCUGGUUCAGCGAUACUUUCCUGGUCCAAAUUAUAACGUAACCAAAGGACGGCUGGUAGAUCGUUUUGAGUUAGGUAUUUGGGACAGCAGUGAUGAUGCUCUUCAGAUGGCUAUAUUGUAUUUCAUUCAUACGUUUGUUUUCUCCCAACUCGGUGAUGCACCAAUUCCUAUAGAAGAUUUCUUUAUGGUAGAAGAUGGCAGCUAUAAACAGUUUCCGUGGGGACAACUUGCCUUCACGAGGUUAAUGAAAUCAUUUAGGAAAGAGUAUAAACCUGACAAACAAAUGUAUCGGUUGAAUGGAUUUCCAUACGCACUUAAUAUUUGGGUGUAUGAAUGUGCGUCGGCAAUGCAUAACGAGAUAGCUGUUAGAGAAGGAAAUGGUAUACCAAGAGUAUGCAAUUGGAAAGUUGUGGGUGCAAGGCCUAAAUACGAGAUGUUUAUUGAAAACAUCUUUACUGAGAAUGAUUGUUCUAACGUGCAGCCAACUCAAGAGGAAAUCGAAUCACUUGAUUUACCAAAUAAUAGUCAUGUACCUCCAAAUCGACCAGCCACAUCAGUUGUUAAUCAGGAAGAGGUGCAACCAAACGAUGUUUCUGGUUUUGAAGAGUUUUCAUCAAAACCUCCGGAGCAACUGUUAAGGAGAUGCACACGUGUUUCUACCACAGGAUCCACCCCACCCCCCAAGAGAAGAAAGGUUGCACAUCCAACAAAGAAUAAUGUGCCAAAGACAACACCAAACGUACAAAAUAAUCACCCAUUUCAAACUCCGGUUACACAACCCCUAAAGUUUGAUAAUGUAUCUGGUGUUCAUCUUAAUACAGUUCCCCGAAGAACAUCAUUGGACAAUGCAAGACUCGAGGAUCUAGAGGGUCACAUUAAGUCUUAUGUAAGUAAACAUAACUAUGUUGACCAAAAAAUUAGAGCUCUUGAGGCGUUAAUUAUAAAAAAUCAUUCUGAGUUGAUGAAAGCAGUGGCCGCGAAAGAUAACAAAAGUGAUAAGGACAUUGGUGGCAUUUCUAUGCCACAUAUAGUGGAUGAUGCAGUAGUCAAAGGUAAUGUUGAUUUAGAAUCUGCUUCUGAUCAAUUACUCCAACAACCCAUUUCACCUAUGCACAUGGAUUUUGCAACUGUUGAUCACAAUGGUAAUGCAUCUGCUGUGGAUGUUGAACAACGACUUGUUAAUGAAGAAAAUAUUGCAAAGAUUAAAGAGCCAUUCAAUAAGGAUUUUGCAACUGUUCAUCAUGAUGUUGAUGCAAAUGAAGUGGAGGUUGAACAACAACAUGUUAACGAAGAAAAUGUUGCAAAGAUUGAUGAGACAUCCAUUAAGGAUCAGACUAUGGAAGAUUCAACAAAUGUUAUACCCACAAUACACCAUAGUGAUUUUCCGAUAGAAGAGUUUGUUCAUAAUAAGGAAGUGGUAAUUGUUGCUGAUUCAAUUAAACAAGACUCCAAAAGACAUGCUUCAAAUCCAGUAAUUGUUGAUACAUCUGAUUCUUCCAAAGCGGCAUCUAUUCCAUCUGGCACUGAAAUAGUCAUAGAUACAAUUGUCUACAAACUUCCAAACGAGCCAAUUAAUGUCGCACCACUGAGUGUAAUCAUUCCUCCACAGCUAACCAACAGUGAAGAUUUUCUAUCUGAUAGUCAGCUACCCACCCAACUUCCAAUCAAGGAAUCUGCACACAAUUUUGAUACAAAGACUCCAGCUCCACGUAACAGAAUCCCAUCAAAGAUUUUGCAGUCUCCUUAUGUGAAUACUUUUGGAUCCAGCGAUAAGAGCAAGGGGAAAAUAGACGAUGACAUUCGCCCGUAUACUCCAUUUGAAGGAUGUGGCAUUACCUACCAAGUUUCUUCAUUUUUAAUGCAAGAAUACUCCCAGUGGAUACAGAAGGGACUCCUCAAAACACAUGCAAACAAGAAACCUUCGGAUGAUAAAUAUAGAGGCAAAAAUGCUCUAUUUGGCUUUGAUUAUAUGGAUUUUGUUGUCGCAUUUCCUUUGGACAAGAACUGGUUUUAUACUAUGUCACAGCCAAAAAAAUGUUGGACUGAUCAGCACAUAGAUGUAAUUUUUUACUAUCUACGCAAGACGUCAAAAUUAAGAAGCAUGGAUCAAUACAGAUACACUACAUGCAACUGCUUGUUCAAUACCUAUAUAAAAAAUGCAUACAAAAGGUACUAUUGCAGUCCUGCAGAUGAUACUCUCAGUACACAGCAACACAUUGCCCGAGCUGAUGUUGUAUCUGUAUAUGAAAGGUCCAUCAAAGAAGUCAUCAAUGGUUUUUCUGUCCCUGCUGCUUUACCAUGGCAUCUAGUAGAUGAGGUAUAUAUUCCGAUCAACUGUGAUGAAGAAUUUCAUUGGGUGUUGGCUGUGGUUGUUUUAAGGAGCCGGUUAAUCCGAGUUUAUGACUCAAAUUUAGGAACAAGGAACAAAAGUCAAUGUGAUGAGAUAAAACAGUUGUCUAUCAUCCUGCCUAACUACCUUCAUGAUAGUGGAUUCUUUGAUAAAACCGACAGAAUUGAUUGGGCUACAUUGGAUGCAUACAAAGACAACAAAACUGGUGAAUUGAUGGGUCCACAACAUCCGUUUGAAGUGGAAUUUGCUCGAGGCAUUAUGCAACAAAAAAGCGAUAGCCUCGAUUGCGGAACAUAUGUAGCUGCUUUUGCUGAAUUUCUAAGCGAUGAAAUCAAGGUCCCAUCGAUUCCUUUUCAAAGUGAAUAUCUUCGCUCAAGAUAUGCAACACUAUUAUGGAAAUAUGGUACCGACAAGGCCAAUGCUGGAUACGUUAGCCAGAAUGAUGAUCCUAUAAGGCUAAAGGUUGCUUCCAUAAUAUUGCCAGAUGAUGAAUUGUUUAAUGUAGAUUAG